UUGCUUGUGAAAAUUCAACUAUUGUAACAAAUCGUGGUACAUUUCAAUGGCCAGUAACACCUGUUGGGUCACUAGCUUUCCUUACUUGUCCUCAUGGUCCUAUUGGAGCUAGAGCUAUUAGACAGUGUAGAAGGAAUGGUGUAUGGGACACUCAUGAUAUAUCAAACUGUGCUGAUCCUAAGAUUACUGCUGAAUUUGUUAGCAUAGCUGAUACUAAUGUAACUGCUGAAAAUGUUGUACAAGUUGCUCAAAAUCUCUCAGAAGUGGUUAUGACGGCAAGUCAGCCUGGUGAUCAGAAUGAAUAUAAUCUACGCAAUGUGUCAUCACUCCUUGUUCAAACUGCUAAUUUAUUCUCUAGUCCUAAUGUAAUCACAGUGCUAUCUACUAAAGAGGUUUCUAUGGCAACUAAGAGCACUGUUGAAAUACUUGAUAAUGUACAAGAAUGGCCGUCACCAGUAGUAGCUACGCAAUCAAAUAAUAUCAUCCAGUCAUUUGAAAGGAUAGUAGAAGCAUUAAUAAGUCAAGAGAACUUUACUAACUUGAUAAUCAUUGAAACUGGCAUUGCAUUUCAGGGACUUAGAGUCCAAAAGACAAAUUUCAGUAGUAUAACAUUUUCUGGAUCACCAUUGACUGGGAUAACUGAUGACCCAGUAUCAUAUGAUAUCAGUGGUAGAGGUAAUUGGUCUACUGAUGGUUGUACUACUACAGUUGAUUCUGAUACUAAUGGUACUGUAACAUGCUCUUGUAAUCACUUGACAAACUUUGCCUGCCUUGUGGAUAUUUCAACUAGAACUGGUAAUCUUCCUCCACCACGUCCUGUUACUGUUACAUUAGAAAUUGUGUCAUAUAUUGGUGUAUGUCUCUCACUAUUAGGACUAGUACUAACAAUACUAACAUUACUGAUAUUCAAGUCAUUAAGACAGAGAGAUACUAGCAAAUUUCACAUUCAACUUUGUCUCUCGUUGAUUUUCAUGUUAAUAGUAUUUGUUGUUGGUAUUGAUAGAGUAUCAGUGAGAGCUGGUUGUAUAACAGUUGGUGUUCUCAUUCAUUACUUUGCUCUUGUAUCAUGGAUGUGGAUGGGAGCUGAGGCUGUACUAAUGUUCCAGAAACUAGUCAUUGUAUUCACAAAUUUAACAUGGAAAUAUUUUCUGAUUGUCUCUAUAACAUGCUGGGGCCUUCCAUUACUGCCUGUUGCAAUAGUGCUGUCAGUAGAUGUGGAUCAUUAUAUUACAUUUUAUGAACACACUGAAGAAGGAUUUUGCUUUCUGGGACAAUUAAACAUGUUCCUUACAGCUUUUUUUGUUCCUGUUAUGAUCAUUCUUAUACUUAAUUCCAUCAUUUACAUACUUGUUCUUUGUCUUCUUAUUUUACAUACUCUGAAGAAAAACAAACGGCUACAAAAAUCAACAAUGAAACUAUCACAAGCUAUCAAAAUGUUACUCUCUUUUACUGGAAUAAUGCUCCUCUUUGGUUUGACAUGGAUAUUUGCUGUGUUCACAUUUACCUCUGAGCCUGGAGUCUCUUAUACUGUGCAGUUCUUCUUUGCUUUCUUCAAUGCUUUUCAAGGGUUCUUCAUUUUUGUGUUUUUCAUCGUGUUAAGUAACGAUUCAAGAACAGCAUGGAAAUCCCUUUUGUGUCGAUGCAUGAUGAACAAUGAGCAACAAACAUCAAAAUAUAACCUGUCUUCUUUGAAUAGCAAAAAGAAGAGGUUUCCUAACUCUAAUACUUAUUCUUCAUCAGAGACUGGUAAUGAAAGGUGUCUUCCUUCUCUGUCUAAAGAAGACAAUGUGUCAGCUAGUCAAGAGAAAAAGAGUGAUGAUUUGGAUUUGGUACAACUCAAAGGAACUCAUGAAAAAUGUGAUUCAACUUCUACACAUGAAUGCUCCUCACUUUGACCAAGUUGACAUAUAUGAUAGUGAUGAUGAUGGCUUUGAUAAUUUAAUAUUUUUUUGGCUACACUUAAUAUUGCUGCAUUUUUAGUUUGUUAAUCUUCUUAAGAAUAAUUUUAGAUUAAUCAUA